CGCCCGAAGGUGCACUCCCGCUUCUCUCGUAUAGCCUUCGUAGUGUUUAUGACAGUGCAGACAUCAGCCAUCGUCAUAUUCGUCCCAUUUCGGGGAUUCAACAGUUUCCGCAGCCAGUGCAAGGGAGCCCAAUGCCUCUCCCUGAAGCGCGAUAUGAACCACUCUGUAAACCUAUCAGCGGAUCCUUGCCACAACUUCUACUCGUAUGUUUGCGCUGGUUGGUGGGAAUACAGCGGCAAGCGCUACGGCACUCCGCUUCAAAAGUACAACAGGUUCCACAUGGAAGACGUUAUCAAGACUUUGGUGCUGCACGGCGGAAAGAAGAGUGAUAAACGGCAGAGUGUAUUGGAGAAAGCCUCCUUAUUGAUGACGGAGUGCAGCAAGUACGCCGAUAGCGAAGAUUCGUUGAUUGAUUUCCUGCGGAGUCAGAAAUUAACGUGGCCUGACAAGAGCGUUGCCACACGGCUUGACAUCUUGGACAUUCUCGUGAGCUCCUCUCUCGAUUAUGGAGUACCAGCGAUAUGGUCGUUCAUGAUUGGACGUCACCCCAAGGUUCCUCGGAUGACCAUUAUUUACUUAUCACUGGAUUACAGGGUACUGGAAUGGAUCUCCCAUUUGAGUGCCCUCAACAAGUCCGGGACAGCGGAAAGCUACAUUCGACUCUGCGCUGAGCGAAUCGGAGGAACCGGGCGAUCGUACGGACGAAUGAUCGAGGACGUGCUUUCCAUACACGCGCGAGUACAAUCAUCCAUGGCGUCCCACUUGGACGUCUACCAACCCGAGUACAUGAACCUCAGUGACGUUCAGCUUCGCCUCGCUGUUAACCGUCAUCUACCAGAUAGCUCGCAGCAAUGGCCGGAUGAUCAGAUCCUUUGUCUUCAACGCACAGCCUUCGAGACCUUCGACCGAACGUAUCUGGCCACCCAAGAGGUCGCCUCGCAACUUAAGCAAUACAUCGGCGUGUACUUAGUCUGGUACUUGGCGCCAUUUACUUCUAGUCAUCUGACCAAUUCCCUCAUGAAAGACCUGAAAAAGGAAAAGGACGCCGUAAGCUACGUCACCCACCGUUGCGUCGAUACAGUGUCCAGUCUCCUGCCCUUGCUUAUGUGGACGGCUAGGAGUCACGCCGUUCGGGACAAGAAGGCCGUUUUUGAUAUUUAUGACCUCAUGCGCCAAGUAUUCAACGAGGCGAUGGCUGCUGACAACGAGGACAUGACUACCAUGCUCAACUCUCUUUCCCUCGGCUCGUUUAACAUGACCGGCACGUGGUCCUUACUAGACAGGAGAUAUGAUUACGUGCCGCAACUCACAGGCGAUUUCUUCGACAUGUACAUAGAUAUAGCUCACGCCAAUUCUCGUCGGUUCAAGGAGUCAAUGAAACAUCCGCGCCAAGAUAUCGUUCAUUUGCCCCUGGUGUCCACGGUAUCUAUCUACCGCCUCCUCGUCGCCAGGGAGCUGCGUCUUCCCCUGACCUUGGUGGCCGUGCCUCUUCUGGUAGAAACAACGCCACUGCACGUCAAAAUGGCAGCACUAGGUUCGCACCUGGCGUACGAUAUUUUCCAGCUCAUGCAUUUCGUAUACUUCAGCAACGACGACUUUCAGCCGAAACACCCCGGAGACCGAACGGUCCCGAGGAAGGUGUACGAGAGGUAUCGCCAUUUUUCAAGAGCCAUGCGCGAACAUCUCUUAAAAGGGCAUGUCCUAGAAGACGAGGUUGAACAAACAUAUGUGGUUUUUCACGCGAUGGGUACCAAUUUUGCUCACAGACAAGUGGCGAGGCUUACGAAUUCGACGGAGCAGGUGUAUGGGUUUCCUUCCAAUCGUUUGUUUUACCUGGUCAGGUGCUUCUUGGUGUGCGGAAAGGAGGCGCCCAGUGUACUGCAAAGUGCGAUAUGCAAUACGGUGGUGCCUCAAGUUCCAGGCUUUGCCACGGCCUUCGGAUGUGCACCAGGACAACCGAUGUACCUAGACUUAACGAAUAACUCGAGCUAAAUGCUCCCCUUGUCGGAUAUUUCAUGCGUUACACCUUGGUAGGAUAUGGAUAUAGGCCAGCUAUGUGUGAAAGAUUGUAAUUUGCUUUUAAUUGAGUGGCAUAAGGAGA